AUGUUCGAUUUCAAAACAUCGCCGGCGUGUCUGGCAGAGACAGCUGUCGCAGCAAAAACAAUGUCGACUUCUCAACGCACAAUGCUGAAUGGCAACACCAAAUUCCAUGACAUCCCAACGUCAUCCAAGCAACUCAGUCCAUCAUCCAUGUCAUCAGCGCUGUCUCAUUCUCAUAGGUAUCAUCAUCAUCAUAGCCAUUCUAACUUGUCAUUAAUAUCAUCAUCAUCCUCAACCACUAGGAAUUUAUCAUAUUCACUUUUUUACUCAUUUCUAUGCUUCAUCAUCCUGUCAUCCAUAACCACAACAACACUUGUCAACGCUUCUUCAGCAUCCGCAUUGUAUUUCAAAUCUGAUCUUCAUACACAAUUAAUUUCAAACUCCAAUUAUGUUGUGUUAAAUCAAAAUCCAGUGUUUUGUUUUUAUUGGAAGAAGGAUUCGGACAUUCUGAAUGGUACCAUUGUGAGUGAAAUUGGAUUAAAAGCACAAAAUCAGCAACAAAAGAAUAUUAUUGCCAUCAGUUUGGGAGUACCAGAUUAUAUUGUAGCAAAGUCCAGUUAUCCAUUGACGCCUCUAGUAGAUGUAUUUGUUUUUGAUGAUUUUACUGCCUAUGAUAUGUUUUAUAAGGAAAACAAUACAGACGUGACAAGUUUUACCACCAAAGACAUUUUUCACAGAGCUAAAAACGAUACUCUUUUUGGAGGCACCAAUAAUUUGAAGGUCACAAAUACGUACGAGAAGGAAUUCGAAGGAGAUGUGAUUUUCAAAGUGGUUGAAUUCAUACGACCCAAAAACACUUCUGAUUAUUCACAUGACGUUUUAUUUCCAAUGAAAAAGAAUGAUCGAGGAAUUAUGUUUUUAAAUUUUGCAAUUUGGAAGACAUCCAUAGAUUCAUUAGAUAUUUUCAGUAAUUUUGAAAUUGACUCAUCCAAUACUGGCUAUGGGUGGUUUGAAUUUCAAUCCAUUUAUUAUUAUCCAAUUUCUACAACUCUUCAAGCUUUGAGAAUUGUUCACGGUAUUUUAAUGAUCAUUGGAUUUACAUUGUUGUUGAUUGUAUCCAUGCUCACAGUGAGACAUUCACAGAGAUUCAUCUCUAAACGAAAAGGAGUUGCUCUGCAUGCAACACUGUCCAUCAUUGCUGUGGUUUGCAUUCUCAUAGCUAUUAGCUUGUCCAUUGCUGCAUGUUCCAUUUCAACGAAUCGACACUUGGAUAGCAUUCACAAAUGGAUUGGUCUCUUUGUGAUGAUAUUUAUUGUACUUUAUCAAUUACCCUUUUCUGGACCAUUCACUUUCGUUUAUAAUUUUAUUUUCAUUAAGAAAUCUGCAUCAUCACGAUUGCCUCAUAGUGAAGAAUCACAACGAAAUAAUGAAGAAGAAGAAGGUGAGAGUUUUCUUUCAAAAACUGAAAAUACAAAGAAGAUCAUUGGAGCCAUUGCUUCUUUCACACACGUAUGGGGAGGACGAUUAUUAAUCGGUGCUGGAUGCCUUAAUCUUUACUUUGGAAUACAUGGAAUUUAUGCUCCUUAUCCAUGGUUUAUUGGUAUUAGUGUUUUCUUAGCUUUGAUUUUAUUGAUUGCAUUGUUGGCUGAAUGUGUGACUCCAAAACAAGUGAAAAGAUUGACAAAGGGCAAGUUUAAAAAGCUAUUUGGAGCAAACACUGAGUAG